UGUGAGGAUUAUCUCCCUUAAAAAAUUUUGAAAUCUUUUGAGUUUGAGACGACGUCAUUGCCCACCAUUAAUAUUUCUUGGAGCUCAAGCUGAUAAAUUUAGGACAUAUUUGGCUUUGAAACAUGGGUUGCUUUUGUUGUUUUUCAUCUAAUGAGAAUAAUGUAGAUAGGAGGAGAAAUGGUUCAAGAAGAUCAGCUCAGCCACCUGCCUAUCCUCCUCGGAAAGAUCACAAUAAUAUUGCACCACAACCGGAGAAUUGCAAGCCAAGACCCCGACCUGAAUCUAAUGAAAACAAGGAUGCUCGUGAUCAUAAAGAAGCUGCCAACGGUAGCAGUAAUGUCAUUGCAGCACAAACCUUCACUUUCCGUGAGCUGGCCAUGGCCACGAAGAAUUUCCGACGGGAAUGUCUAAUUGGUGAAGGUGGAUUUGGUAGAGUUUACAAGGGAAAACUUGACAAAAGUGGUCAGGUUGUGGCUGUGAAGCAACUUGAUAGGAAUGGUUUGCAAGGGAACAGAGAGUUUCUUGUUGAGGUGUUAAUGUUGAGUCUAUUGCACCAUCAGAAUCUAGUAAAUCUCGUCGGAUACUGCGCAGACGGGGAUCAAAGACUUCUGGUUUAUGAGUACAUGCCAAUGGGAUCUCUUGAAGACCAUCUACUAGAUCUUACACCUGAGCAAAAGCCAUUAGAUUGGUUCUCACGAAUGAAAAUAGCAUUAGGAGCUGCAAAAGGUUUAGAAUACUUGCACGAUAAGGCUAAUCCCCCAGUUAUAUAUCGUGAUUUGAAAUCAUCAAACAUCUUGCUGGACAAAUUCUUUAAUGCCAAACUCUCUGAUUUCGGGCUAGCAAAGCUUGGACCUGUUGGGGAAAAGUUACAUGUAUCUUCAAGGGUGAUGGGAACGUACGGUUAUUGUGCACCAGAGUAUCAAAGAACUGGCCAACUUACAGUCAAGUCAGAUGUGUACAGUUUUGGCGUUGUUUUUCUGGAGUUAAUCACUGGAAAGAGAGCCAUUGACACGACAAGACAAAACAAUGAGCAAAAUCUAGUUGCUUGGGCACAACCAGUAUUCAAGGAACCAAGUAGAUACCCAGAACUAGCCGAUCCACUUCUACAGGGAGAUUUUCCUGUUAGAGGCUUAAAUCAAGCAGUUGCAGUUGCAGCCAUGUGUCUCCAGGAGGAACCAUUGGUUCGUCCACUGAUCAGUGACGUGGUCUCUGCUCUUAGUUUGCUUGGAGAUGGUCUAGAAGAAGGAGCAGAACCAGCUGCUUCUUUUCCUUCCCCGCCAACCAUGGAAACCAUUGAUAGUGCAAAAGAACGUCAACUAGCUGUGGAAGAAGCCAUAGAAUGGGGAUCAAAUUCAAGGCGUAUGGCGUCGCAGAGUCCAUGGGCUACUGCGUCGUAGAUUUUCUUCCGUUUAGAUUUUGUAUGCAUCAAUAUGGUUGUUUUCCUUGAUGCCUCUCUCUCUCUCUCUCUCACUCAAAAGACAUUAAUUCUUUUAUUCUUUCGUUUGUGUUUGAUUAAUGUCUCGGGACAGAAAGAACAAUUACCGAAAAAGAUGGAAGCAUGUUUGAUUGACAUAAAGUACAGAGAGAUAUGUCCUCGCCA